AUGGCGGUCAAAUCACAUCGCAUCCGCAUUUCCAUUGAUCGAGGUGGCACUUUCACCGAUGUUCAUGCCUCUAUUCCCGGCAGAGGCGAUAUCAUCCUCAAGCUUCUCUCUGUUGAUCCCGCCAACUACCAAGAUGCCCCAACAGAAGGCAUUCGCAGAAUCCUUGAGAUGGUGACCGGGGAGACGCUACCCAGGGGGCAAUUGCUCGAUCUGUUCCAUGUCGAGUCAAUCCGCAUGGGCACCACAGUAGCCACGAACGCCCUCCUCGAGCGGAAAGGCGAGCGCGUGGCCCUGAUCACGACUAAGGGUUUCCGCGACUUGCUGGCGAUCGGAAACCAAUCGCGUCCCAACAUUUUCGACCUCUCCGUCACGCGGCCAGAGGUCCUCUUCGACGAAGUUGUCGAAGUUGAAGAGCGUAUCACGAUGGAAGACUACACUGAGGAUCCAGCAUCCGUCAAGACCGCUCCGACGUCUGACGACCCCCAGCUGGUUACUGCCGUCACUGGCGAGACCAUUCGCGUUCUCAAGAGACCAGACUUGACGGCGAUCAAGACGCAGCUGGAAAAGGUCAGGGAACAGGGCUUCCGGUCCAUCGCCAUUGUCUUCAUCCACUCUUAUGCAUACCCGGAUCACGAGCUGUUGGUCGGCAGAGUAGCCUCAGAAAUGGGCUUCUCAGUGACUCUGUCUUCAGAAGUCCAGCCCAUGAUCAACGUCGUACCUCGCGGCAUGUCUGCCGUGGCCGACGCCUACCUCACCCCGGUCAUCCGACAGUACAUCGACUCCAUAUCGGCCAACUUCAAGGGCGGUUUCGGUGCAGCCGCCACUCGCAUAGAGUUCAUGCAAUCGGACGGCGGCCUCGUGGACUACCGCAAGUUCAGCGGUCUGAAAGCCAUACUUUCCGGCCCGGCCGGUGGUGUUGUCGGCUAUGCGCAGACAUCGUGGGACGACGAGGAGCGCCAGCCGGUCAUUGGAUUCGACAUGGGCGGGACCUCCACGGACGUGUCGCGUUACGCGGGUGUUUACGAUCACGUUUUCGAAACCACGACUGCGGGCAUCGCCAUCCAAUCGCCGCAGCUCGACAUCCACACCGUCGCUGCCGGAGGUGGUUCCAUCCUGACCUGGAAGAACGGGCUGUUCAACGUCGGCCCCGAGUCCGCGUCGGCCCACCCCGGGCCAGCAUGCUACCGCAAGGGGGGGCCGCUCACGGUAACCGACGCGAACCUCUUCCUCGGCAGACUGCUCCCCGAGUACUUCCCCAAGGUCUUUGGCCCCAAGGAGAACGAGCCUCUCAACCGAGAGGUCACCGCAGCCAAGUUCCUGGAGCUCACAAGCGACAUCAACAAGGACCGAGAAGUGGCUGGUCUCUCCCUUUUAUCUCCAGAGGAAGUUGCCCUUGGUUUCUUGAAGGUUGCCGAUGAGGGUAUGGCGAGCCCCAUUCGUGCGUUGACAGAAGCUCGUGGCUACGAGGCUGGCGCCCAUCACUUGGCUUGCUUUGGCGGUGCUGGCGGCCAGCACGCCUGCUCCGUUGCGACUGUCCUUGGCAUCUCUCGCGUCAUCAUCCACAAGUAUUCCUCCAUCCUCUCAGCGUAUGGUAUGUCGCUUGCAGACGUCGUCCACGAGAUCCAGAGGCCAUCCGCCAUCACCUACUCCGAGGAGACCAAGGGCAACAUCCAAGAGCAGCUCGAGGAUCUCUCCUCUCAAGCCACCCUGGAGUUGAUGAAGCAAGGCUUCACCGAGGACCUCAUAACCCACGACACCUAUCUCAAUAUGCGAUAUGCUGGAUCAAGCAGCUCCCUCAUGAUCCUGAAGGGGGCCGACUGGGAUUUCAAGGCCGAGUUUGAGGAAGCCCACCGCCGCGGAUUCGGCUUCCACUUCCCCGAAAAGGCCAUCAUCGUCGACGACAUCCGAGUUCGAGCCACCGGCGCAGCUCGUGCCAAGGUCGAGAAGAGCCCCUUUGCCCAGAUGAAGGCCGUCGGAGGCUCCUCGACUCCCAGCAGUCCCGAGCCCAGUACAACCAACCGUGUCUAUUUCGAGGGCCGCGGCCACCUCGACACCGCCGUUUACCAGCUUGAGACCAUACCCGUCGGCGCUCGCAUCGCCGGCCCGGCCUUGAUCAUCGACAACACCCAGACGAUCCUAGUCACCCCGUCCACGACCGCCACGGUCCUGGAGAGCUACGUCGUCAUCGACCGCGAGCUCGAAGGGAGGGUUGUCAAGCAGGAUGGCGAACAGGAAGAGUUCAGCCCCGUCCAACUUACCGUCUUUGGCCACCGCUUCAUGUCCAUCGCCGAGCAGAUGGGACGGACGCUGCAGAAGACUGCCGUGUCGACCAACAUCAAAGAGCGUCUGGACUUCUCUUGUGCGAUCUUCAGCCCCGACGGCGGACUCGUUGCCAACGCCCCCCACGUCCCCGUGCACCUCGGGUCCAUGCAGUUUGCCGUGCGCUACCAGCACGAACUGUGGAAAGGCAGGCUCCGGGACGGCGACGUCCUCGUAUCGAACCACCCGUCCUGCGGCGGCACCCACUUGCCUGACAUCACCGUCAUCACGCCCGUCUUUGACGGAGAAGAGAUCGCCUUCUACGUCGCCUCGAGAGGACACCAUGCGGACAUCGGCGGCAUCCUACCCGGCUCCAUGCCACCGACGUCGUACGCCCUUUGGCAAGAAGGUGCCGCGAUCGAGUCGACGAAGCUUGUGAGCGAGGGCCGUUUCGACGAGAACGAGGUCCGUCGCCUGCUCCUCGAGGAGCCCGCGCAAUAUGAGGGCUGCUCGGGCACCCGGAGACUGCAGGACAACCUCUCCGAUCUCAACGCGCAGAUCGCCGCCAAUGCCAAGGGCAUCUCCCUGAUCAAGGCCCUCAUCACGGAGAACGGCCUCGCCACUGUCCACAGGUACAUGUAUGCGAUCCAGCACACCGCCGAACACGCCGUGCGCGAGUUGAUGCAAGACACGCUCGCCAAGUUUGGUCCGGAGCCGCUCGUUGCGGUCGACUACAUGGACGACGGCACGCCCAUCUCUCUCAAGAUCACGAUCGCCACCGACGGUUCCGCGACCUUUGACUUCUCCGGCACGGGCCCGCACGUCCUCGGCAACACCAACGCGCCCAUCGCCAUCACGCACUCGGCCAUCAUCUACUGCCUGCGCGGCCUCAUCUCCUCCCAGAUCCCCCUCAACCAGGGCUGCCUGGCCCCGAUCGACAUCGUCAUCCCCGAAGGCAGCAUCCUCAACCCCGGAGCCGGCCUCGCCGUGGUCGGCGGCAACGUCCUCACCUCGCAACGCAUCACCGACGUCGUGCUCAGGGCUUUCCGCGCCUCCGCCGCCAGCCAGGGCUGCUGCAACAACCUGACCUUCGGCACCGGCGGCAAGGACCCCGUCACGGGCGAGCACAAGGACGGCUUCGGGUACUACGAGACCAUCGCGGGCGGCGCGGGCGCCGGUCCCACAUGGGUCGGCCAGAGCGGCGUCCACACGCACAUGACAAACACGCGCAUCACCGAUCCCGAGGUCUUUGAGAAGAGGUACCCGUGUAUCCUCAGGCGGUUCCAGCUCCGCGAAAACUCGGGCGGCAAGGGCCGAAACAGGGGCGGCGACGGCACCGUCAGGGAGAUCGAGUUCCGCGUGCCCGUCCAGUGCUCUAUCCUCAGCGAGCGGAGGAGCCGUCGGCCGUACGGCAUGGAGGGCGGCGGCGACGGGGAGGCCGGCAUCAACUUGGUCAUUGUCCGGGACGACAUGACGGGCAAAGACCGGACGGUCAACCUCGGCGCGAAGGCGACGACGAAGCUCCGCGCGGGCGAGAGGGUUAUCAUCCAGUCACCUGGCGGAGGCGCCUGGGGGGCGCCCAUUGGGUCGAACUGA